AAGCGCUUGACGUCAGCAUAACAACAACCUGUCAUGACAGCUCUUAUGAGGGAAAAAAAUAUUGAUUAAGAUUUGAUAUCAAAUCAUAUAAAAUCCGUUUCACCUGGAUGUAAGAUUCCUUCUAUAAAGGAGGGACAGGGCAUUCUUGAACCUGUCAGUUAGCCAGCCGAAGAGACGGGGAACAGGAUAGGGAAGCAGGGCGAGGCGGGCCCCGCGGAGCCGGUGGAGAAGAUGGCCGGCAGCCCGGAGAAGAGUUCCACCGCGCAGGAGCUGAAGGAGCAGGGGAACCGACUGUUCCUGUGCCGCAAGUACCAGGAGGCUGCUACAUGCUACAGCAAAGCUAUUAACCGUAAUCCAUCGGUGGCAGUGUACUACACCAACAGGGCUCUCUGCCAUGUGAAGCUGCAGCAGCAUGACAAGGCUCUGGCAGAUUGUAAGCACGCGCUGGAGCUGGACAGCCAGUCGGUGAAGGCCCACUUCUUCCUGGGCCAGUGUCACCUGGAGCUGGAGAACUAUGAUGAGGCCAUCGGCAACCUGCAGAAAGCUUAUAAUCUGGCAAAAGAGCAGAGGCUGAAUUUUGGAGAUGACAUCCCCAGCGCCCUGCGCAUCGCCAAGAAGAAGCGUUGGAAUAGCAUUGAGGAGAAGCGCAUCAACCAGGAGAAUGAGUUACACGCCUAUCUGACCAAACUCAUUCUGGCCGAGAAGGAAAGGGAACUAGAGGAAUACAAAGAGAAACAGGACGACAAUCAAAAUGGAGGCGACGCUGCCAAGAUUGCAUCAAAACAUGACAAGUAUCUAAUGGACAUGGAUGAGCUCUUCUCUCAAGUGGACGAGAAAAGAAAAAAGCGGGAGAUCCCAGAUUACCUGUGUGGGAAGAUCAGUUUUGAGCUGAUGAGGGAACCUUGCAUCACACCUAGUGGAAUCACAUAUGAUCGCAAGGACAUUGAGGAGCACCUACAGCGAGUGGGCCAUUUUGACCCGGUUACCAGGAGUCCCCUGACCCAGGACCAGCUGAUCCCGAACCUGGCCAUGAAGGAAGUGAUCGAUGCCUUUAUCCAGGAGAACGGCUGGGUGGAGGACUACUGAACGGACCGCCACCUCCCAUCUCUCCAUCAUACCCUGAUACUCAACACAAAGCCUGGACAACACAAGACUAUGGAGAACAGAUCACCCCUUGCCUGGAUAUGUACUUUACAGAAGCGGGAAAAGCCACACUAUGGACUACCAAAUGGGAGCCAUGUUUGUCGGUCUGCCUCUUCCUCCCCACAUUUUAUCUUUGCUGUAAAACUUCUCGCUCCAAACUCCCGAGGCUCGGCGUUCAAGGCCUGCUGCUCCCUUUAAAGCCCCCUUCAUUCUGCUCUUUCUAUGCUUUCCCUCGUACUUCUUCUCCCUUUCUGUCAUGCUGUUUCUAGUCAUUCAAGCUUGAAAUAAAGGGGCCACAUUCUCAGGUCUCUCUUGCCCCCCCUCCUCUCUAUCCCACUCUUUCUCUCUCUUUCUCUGAGUGCCACAAUCCUUGGAAAGCAUCAGCAUUGCACUCCAGUGUUUCACAGAAACCACCAAUAUUUAAAAAAUGACACAUGGUGGUUGAAUUCAUUAGGACGCUGGUCUUUUAUUUGGCAUUUACUGCAGUAUUUUUGAAUCUCGUUUUCAUUAAACAUCGGAGCGUUUGCCCACUUUUUAAUGUACAUUUGCUGUGGUACCGAAAAUGCCAAAUACCUGUUCUCAACAAGGGUGACUUGUUUGUAUGCAAAGUUUUACACGACGAUAAUUGAAUAAUAGUCGCAGGGAACCGAGUCCCUUCUCCACCUCCAGGUGGCGCUCCAAACAUACCCACUCAUGUCACCAUACUGUAAGAUUUUGAGUAGAUUGUUAGUUUUUUUUGUUGCAUAUCAAUCACUCCCCAUAACGGACAAUUUAAAUAAGUUGAAUGUAUGCAUAAUGUACUCUUUAGGUUUAGGCUUGACCUACAGUAAUUCAAAAUGUUUUUAUCAGGACAAUACAAGGGUUUCAUGAAAAGCGGCCUUGAACUGGACACAGAAAACGAACGGAAACAACCGCUGCAUACAAAAAAAAAAAAAGGUUUUCACAUUGCUGGAUGUUGAUUGAAAAUGUUGAAAUGUUUUGAUUUUGAUAGACAUCAGCUGUUCGGAUUGAUGAUGCUAAAAAAAAAAAACCUGCUUUGGGGACUGGUCUGUGCUGUCUGUGUCGAUCAUAGAAACAAAAAUGUGCUUGGACGUUGUGUUUGGCUCGUGCUGUUUGCCUGGAAUGACCGUGGACGCUUACGUCAAGCAUGAAGUGAACUGGCAAGAAGACGGUUCUUCACACAUUUAUGCUGUUAAUUUCGUGCACCUUCUCCUCACAGUGUCACCGGAAGAGAACGGUUGUAAACCAAUCAUCAGUGUGAAACUAAGUCAAAGUUGUGUCUCGUUGCAGGGAUAUUUGAGGGUCUCUAGCAUCACUGUACCAACCCUCCCCGUGUUAGAAAUGCUGGAAGAGUUACUAUCAUCAUUUCUCAUCCAUACCUCAGUAAAGUUUCUGCCUGCUGGUUCACUGGCAUUCUCUACAAAACACAUUCUCAGUUCAGAGCUAUUAGUUUACAGGUGUUUCAGCUGAACGUGUGUCUGUGAUGAAUUAGGCCUGUCGGUGGUUUGUGUCGGGGUGCAGGCAGUGUAAAUAAUUUUCUUGUCUAUCUCAGAUUUUAUUUCUUGACAAAAUUAGGGUUCUUUUUUUCUUGAGAAAUCCUAGAGCUUGAGAAACUGUAUUAAAUGUAGAUAUGUUGAUAACAUAAAUGCUUGGUUCAGUUUUCAUUUGUCCCCAUUAAACCGUGAACUUUGA